AUGGAGAUCUCCAACGACAGCGGCAUGCAUUCACGGAUGCGGCUGGAGCAGCUGGCUGCUGAUAUGGGCGUCUACAUGAACAUGAAGUUCCCUCGCAUCUCUCGCAAAGACACAUCGUCGUCCUUCAGCCAGCAGGACAAGGACGCUGCGGAAGCGCUGGCGAAGCAGAAGCGGCUGGAGGCCUUCUCAGCCAAAUCCCAUGUCUUCAGACGGACCCCGAGCAAACGCAGCUUCAAGCGAGAGGAACUGUACUCGGCCAUAGACACGGCCAUUAGAGAUGAUGCCUCGCUGGGCAUGCUGGAGUACCUGCUUACCCAGCUCAAGGAGACCAAGUCGAAGAAGACCUUCUUCAGGACCCAGGAGAAGAACCCCAUGGCCCUCGACAUGACCGACCUGCUGAGGCUCGCGACAGAGAAGAGAAACUCAAGCUUCCUGGAGAUCCUGUCUCCUCACGUUGAUCAAUGGGGGCUUGAUUCUGCUCUCGGCCUCGCAGUCGCCAGCAUGGAUCUACAUUGCAUCAAGGCGCUGCUGCAGAAUGGAGCCGACCCCAACUCCUGCCACCAGCAGUUCGUCACAGCUGUCGGCAACGGGCAUGUUGCCGUUGUGGAGAUGCUGGCUGGAACAGAAAAGAAACUUAGCAGCUCUUGUUUGGACGAAGCUCUUCCGGUGGCCGUUUCCAUAGGAUCUAUGAGACUGGUUAUGUGUCUGCUGCACAACGGAGCAAACGCAGAUACAGAUCAGAUACUGGAAACAGCCGUACGGGCUGGCAGACUUGACAUUUCUGCUGCCCUUGUCCUCGCCAGUCGACCUCCUUCUCGAGCCUCGCUUGACCGCGCAGCAGGCGUUGCGUACCAUUCGAAAAAUCUCAGCUCCGAAGAACAGGAUACCGUGUUGCAGUUACUCCUUUGCGCCGGCGCAAAUGGAGACUGCGUUGCAAGAGCUCUGGUGAGCGCCGUUGCGGCCAACGAUAAAAAAUCUGUCUCUCUCAUUGUCUCUUACAAUGGAAACAUCACAUACAACUCCUGCGAAGCCAUUAUUGCCGCCAUCAAGGGAGGAAAUCUACACCUGCUUGAUAUCCUGUUCAAGGGCGCCAUUGACCCUGAAUCUGCCUCUACAGCACUAUCUCGAGUUCCUGAAGUAGAAUCAAACCUAUCCCCUGUUAAAAAGCUCUCCAUCAUCGCUCACUUUGUGAAAUGUGGUGCUUAUGGAAGCCCACUACAUCAAUGCCUUGUGGAUGCCGUGCUUAAGAACGAACGAAGCUUGGUGGAUCUGUUGGUUCGGUCCGAUGCGUCUGUUGACUACAAUGAAGGCCAUGCUCUACGGCUAGCCAUUUCAGCCGGAGCACUCCCUACUUUCAGAAAACUGAUGGAGGGAAGACCCUCUCAGGCAACACUCGGCCAUUGUAUCGGCUUGUUGCCCUCCUUACAGCCACGGCUACAGUACACCGUUGCCCAGGAUCUUCUCGCAGCUGGCGCAAAGGGAGAUGCAGUCAACAAAACACUUGUUGGCGCUGUGAUGGGCGAAUUCCCCGCUGAGAGAGAGCAGCUUAUUGAACUGUUUGUAGCCCAUGGCGCAGACGUUGAUGCUCAGAACGGGAAUUGCCUCGUACAAGCCGUGAAGAUAGGAGACGUUGUUGUACUAAAGCUGUUGCUGCAAGGGAGACCUUCCUCCUCUUCCCUAUCACGAGCCGUUGUUCCAGCAGUCUCUUUACGAGACCGAGUACUACGUUUCUCCAUCUUGGACCUACUGCUUGGCUCCAGGGAAGCCAGUGGACCACAAAUCAACCAGGAGUUGGUUACAUUGCUCAAGGAGAACCCUCUCGAUAUCGUUGCCGUCAACUUAUUUCUCGAAAAGGGUAAAGCCGAUAUCAACUCUAAUAAUGGAGAACCUCUCAAACAAGCAUGCCGAAUGAAUGACCCCGAAUUGCUUAAAAUUCUUUUACAACACCAGCCUUCUGUCGAUGCGCUUAAUGCAGCCCUCUCCAUUGCAUUGGCGUCGCAAGACACCUCAGCUCGGUACAAGAUGUGCCAAAGACUUCUGGUUGCUGGUGCCAACGGAGAAGCUCUGGAUGCUGGCCUGGUAACUGCCCAGCAGAGCGCACCUGCUGAUCCUCGUCUUAUUGAGCUAUUACUGUCAUUUGGUGCAGACGUCAAUUAUAAUGGAGGAGCAGUUAUUCAGAGAGCAAUCGAUACCUCUGAUGAAAGACAGUUGGCGUUGCUGGUAUCCAGAUUCCCAACAACCUUGACACUCACCCUUGGCUUAGAGCGGCUGCUGAAAAUCGAUACCAAAAAGAGGAAUGAGAUAGCCAAGAUUCUCCUGGAUGCCGCUCAGAACCGCAUCCCAGAAAUUCUUGACAGCUUACUCGCAGAAGCUGUCCUUUUGGAUAAAGGAGACAUAGCCUUCUUGAAAAUGCUAAUUCAAUAUGGCGCUUCUGUAAAUUACCAGCAAGGAGCCGCCAUUAUCAACUCUAUCAAGGGACGACGAUUUGACGUCUUCAAACUGCUAUUGGACCAACAAGCUAGCCAGGGAGCUUUGGAAGAAGCAUUCAAAGCAUGCUGGGCUUUGAAAGGUGCAGAUCGCCUGUCAUAUAUUUCACGGGUACUCAAGGGUGGCUACAAGGGUGAUCUGAUGGAUUCAGCUCUUCUUGAAGCUGUCCAGGAGACACCAUGCAGCCAUGAAGUAGUCAAGCUACUGCUCAAGCACGGAGCAUCUGUGCAUUAUAACCGAAGCCAGAGCCUGGUUCAUACCGCCAUGGCCAAAGAUACCCUUACUUUGGGCCUUCUCUUGGAAGCCGUUUCGGACAGAGCAGGUGUCACAUACGCCUUUGGCAAGCUGAUAUCCACCGACACUAGCAACUGGAUAACCAAAGAAGGAUACUCCACCGUGGAAUUUCUCCUUCAGAAUGGAGCUUCAGGAGAAGUUUUGAGCCUUGCCUUGGUUGCUGCUAUCGAAACCUCCGACACCAACCCAAGAUCCCCCAGCUUUGUGGAGCUAUUCCUUCAGCACAAUGCCAAUGUGGAUUACCAGGGUGGACGUGCAAUUACGGCCUCCAUUGCUAUCGGAAAGCCUCAUUUAACUAAGGCAAUCUUGAAAUCGAGCACCUCCAACCAGAACAUUAGGGCCGGCUUUCUAUGUAUAUUCAGCUCUGAAUUGACCGAGGAUGUCGCCAUUGAACUAUUCGAUAUUUUCACCCAGAUGGACCUGGACAUUCAAGCGCUAAAUGGCAAUAUAUGGUCCCGGAGCGUUGAACAUGAGGUUCCCGAGCCUAUUACAUUCCAAUGUUUGAGAAAAUGGCCUCGGGGUUACAAGAUGCUCAGCCGCCUACUAGAAGCUGGAAUCCAUGUAGACACACCAAUAUCCUAUGUGAUUGAUGAGGAACACGGCUUCGAGCAGGUUUCCCUCUUGUUAUGGGCACUCCUACAGCCACAACAGCUAAUCAGCCCAUACGUAUUUGAAUGUCUUUUAAAGAAUGGAGCCGACCCUAAUUUUCAAGCUACAAGCUCCAUGAUGACUCCAUUGCUAGUUGCGUCAGUCGACAGAUCUCCAGAUAUUAUCCGGAAACUCAUUCAGCACGGCGCAGUCGUUUCAGUAAUGGAUAAACAUGGUGUAACGCCUCUUCUCAAUGCCAGUAAACGCGGCCAGCUGACUACUAUGCGUUGUCUUAUCGAUGCAGGCGCUAUGGUUGAUGACGGUAGCCUUCAUGAAGCUUCAAGAGAAUUACAGUCCAGUGCCGUUCAGCUUCUUUUGGACCACGGACACAAUCCGAACUUCCCAUCUAUGCUUCACGAUGGACGCUGUGCUCUUGCUGAAUUAUGUUUUAAGACGGAGUCGCCUGGAACAUCACUGGUCAAGACUCGACAGACAAUUGACGCCCUUAUAUCAGGAAAAGCUGACUUGACCAUCCAUAGUCAAGGGAAGCCACUCAUCUAUCAUGCACUUGAUAAUCCUACAUCAUGCAUAAGCACGACUACUGCAUUACUUGCAAGCAAAAUGUGGCGGUUGAUCAACAAUGAUUUCAAUCAUUACACAUGCGACGGAUACGUUUACUCGCCAUCUACCUACGUUUCUAGGAGUCUGGCACAAAGUCCAUCAGAGUAUGCUCCUGAACUGCUUCGAAUUCUCAAAGCCAACGGCUGUAAAGACGUUUUCUACAAGUGUGAAGGAUCUCAGCCGCCUGAUAUGGUCGGUGCGCCUCCUGAAGUCAUCGCGGAAGAGAAAAGACGCAAAAACCGCCUACAGCGUAUGCAAGAACAAGAAGAGGAUCAUCAGAUAUCCCUCCAGCGUGAACGUGAUGCUGCCGACCAACAGCAUCAAAUAAUGGCUCGUACCCAUCAACUUCGCACUCUACAUGAUCGCGAGACUGCAGAUGAACGAGAUGCAGCAGCUGAGAGAUCUAACAGACUCCAACUUCGCCUAGAAGCAGAAACAGCUGCUCAACGCCAGCGAUUUGCAGUCCAGCAACAGCAGGCAGAUCAGGAGCAGUUGCGUAUGAUGAACCAACUUCGUCUAGAAGCUGCAGAAAGGCAAGGGAGACUCCAGAUUGAAAACGACAAGAUUAUGGCCAAUACCCAACAUAACCUCCUGGAGGCUAAGAUGGCCGUCGAGUCGAGGAGAAUCAAAGAGUUAGAGGCGGCCAAUGAAAGACAGUACCAUAGGGAUUCGGACUUGCUUUCACGUCAGGAGCGGAUACUUGCUGAUCGAAAGGCCUUCAUGGUGGCCUCUCCAGGUGCUUCAGGGGAAGAUGGAUCUGGUUUGUCAAUGCCAGAGCCUCAACGACAGUUAACUUACACAGGUUCGGAGCUAGAUUGA